AUGUCUGCAAUUCUAGACGAAGACAUGAAUUUCGAUAAGAUUUUCUGGAUUGCCACUACAGCAAUGCGCCUGAAUCGCUCACAUCCGUAUAUCGCUCGAGACAAGCUCUGGCGUACUCAAUUUACUGCAAUAUUUAUUUUAUCUCUGUCAUGUUUUUUGUUGUUAUUAUAUUCUAUUCUUUUCCACGACAUACAAUGUGGACUGUUUGCUGAAGCCAGCAAAAAUGCUAUUAUGGCCAUAGUUGCCUUCACGAUUACCUACAAAUAUUCGAUUAUGUUAAGAUACCAGGAUUCCAUCACGGAACUUAUUCGCAUAGUUGACGAUGAUUACAAAUUGGCGAAGGGGUUCUGUGAAGAAGAACAACGUAUUAUUCUUCACUAUUCUUUACGAGGAGUCAAAGUAUGUCAGUAUUGGAUCAUUUCUGCUUGUUCGACGAGCGCUAUUUUCCCUUUGAAAGCGUUGAUGAUCAUGGGAAAAUCAUACAUGGCAGGCGAAUUUCAAUUAGUGCCAAUGUUUGAACUCACAUACCCUUGGAUCUUAGAAGAUUAUAAGAACGUGCAUAUUAUGUUUAUUAUGCUAUUCGGUUUGGCACUAUUCUUUGAUGUUUAUGCUACCUCAAUGUACGUGGGGUUCGAUCCGAUUGUUCCUAUAUUUAUGCUUCACCUAUGCGGACAGCUUGAUAUCCUUAAGUUACGUAUAUCUAAACUGUUCUCUGAUACUGAGGACUCCGAAGAAAUUGUUCGUAAAAACCUUGGAGAAAUUAUACUGAAACUGCAGGAUAUUUACAGAUUCAUUGAAGUAAUUAAAACGAAUUUUACAGUAUUGUACGAAUUUAUGAUGAAAACCACAACAUUUUUGCUUCCACUCACGGCAUUUCAAAUAACUGAGUCUUUACGCAAUGGGGAAAUAAAUUUUGAAUUCAUCGGCUUCUUCACCGGUGUCAUUUUACAUUUCUUCAUACCAUGCUAUUACAGUGAUCUUUUAAUGGAAACGGGUGAAAACUUUCGUCUAGCGAUAUACUCUUGUGGUUGGGAGAAGCAUUCGGACAUGCGCGUGCUGCGAACCAUCCUGUUCAUGCUAACGCGAGCUAUCAAGCCUGUCGUGAUUUGCACCAUCUUCUGUGCCAUCUGCCUUGACACUUUCGCUGAGAUGUGCCGUGAAGCUUAUUCAAUUUUUAAUCUGAUGAACGCAGCUUGGGCUUAG